AUGGGACUGCCAAGUGAGGAAGAAGUUCCGUCCAGGGUAUUCUUUUCUGCUGUUGUUGGCAUCCCUGAACCGGCUGUAACAUUCAUCCGAUGGGGUCGAGCAGACUGUUCUGGAAACGCUACAGAUUUGGUUUACUCAGGCUCUGCGGGAGGAUCUCACUUCUCACAUAAGGGCGCCGCCGUUGAUUUUGUCUGUUUGCCGCCGGAUCCUUCCAGGGGGCAACGUGUAAAUAACCCUCCCAAUAAUGGUGGCCUGAUGUAUGGCGCCGAGUACGAAGACGAAGUAAUUUACGGUGUCCCAGACAGAAAAAAAGAGGUUCCAUGCGCAAUGUGUCGUAUAUCCGCCUAUUCAACUCAAAUCAUGAUACCCGCUCGCACCACAUGCUACCCUGGUUGGGAGGAAGCGUACCGUGGCUAUCUAGCAGCUGGUCGUUACGAUCACCCUGCGGCGACUCAAUAUGUGUGCGUAGACGAACACCCACAGGUUUUGGCUGAUAGUAGUGGUAGAGUAGAUGACAAUGGUAAACUAUUUUACCCUGUAAAAGCAAAGUGUGGUUCUUUAAAAUGCCCUCCUUAUGUAAGCGACGCCAUAUUGUCAUGCGUCGUGUGUGUAAAGUAGACACGCUACCUGUUCAUAGCUGACACAUACAUAAUGUAGUACGUACAACGCUCUUCCAAAGCAUGGCCUCUAUUGCAAAUGUAACGAGCAUGCAGUCGGACUUGUUUGCUGUGACAACUUAAAGCACAAGCAUUUAAUUUUUGUAUACUUUCGAAAACAAAAUGUUUUCAUUUAACCUUUAGAUCCACUAAAUACAUGGACCUGUCGAACUCACUAUCUUUUCCGCCAUGAAGGUGACUUGCAAUCGUGUUCUUAAA